AUGAUUUCAAGUGAUUUAGAAAGUAAUAGAGUGGAAGAAUUGGAUGAGUUGCUAGAUUUGAUCAAGCCCAAAAUCUUGGAUUUUGUUCAAAAGUCCGAUCCUAACAGUUCAAAUUAUGAAGCAGAUUCAUUAGGAAGAUAUAACUCCCCCAGCUUCUUAAAAGACCAAUUUGCAGAUGAGCUUAAAUUGGAAGGUAUAAAAGGAGAUACUGAAAAAUUGAAUGAAUUUUUGGAUAAAGUGUUGAAAUACUCUGUGAAUACUUGGAACCCAGGUUUUUUGGAUAAAUUGUAUGCUUCUAAUAACCCAAUUGGUGUCAUUUCUGACAUCAUUUUAUCGGUAUUGAAUACUAAUUCACAUGUAUUUACAGUUUCUCCUGUCUUAUCGGUAUUAGAAAACUUUGUAGGUAAAAAGUAUGCCAAGUUGUUCUUCAAGAAUGAUACAUGUGGUGGUUUAACAUUCAGCGGAGGAUCAUGGUCAAAUAUUACUUCAUUACAAAUAGCCAGAUCUUUGAAAUUUCCGAAAACAAAAGAGUUCGGGAACGAAGGAUACAAAUUUGCUGUCUAUACAUCAGUUCAUUGUCACUAUUCUGUUGUCAAAGCUGCUCAAUUACUCGGUUUGGGUUCAGCUAAUGUUUUCAAAGUUGAAGUUAACAAGAAUGGUACUAUGAAAUACGAAGAAUUACCUAAAAUUAUCGAGAAGUCCAUUGAAGAAGGGUUCACUCCUUUAUAUAUCAACGCAACUGCUGGAACCACCGUUUAUGGAUCUUAUGACAAUUUCACUGAAAUAUCUAAGAUUGCUAAGAAAUUUGACAUUUGGUUCCAUAUUGAUGGUUCAUGGGGAGGAAAUGUGAUUUUUUCCUCUAAACAUAGUGUAAAAUUGGAAGGAAGUGAAUUGAGUGAUUCUAUAACGGUCAACCCUCAUAAGAUGUUGGGUGUCCCAACCACCUGUUCAUUUCUUUUGAUACCCAAUGUUAAAGAUUUCCAAAGAGCUAUGUCAUUAUCAGCUCCAUAUUUAUUUCAUGGACGAGAAAUUGAUGAGUUUGAAAAUUUUGACUUGGCUGAUGGUACCAUGGGAUGUGGUAGAAGGGCUGACUCUUUCAAAUUUUAUCUUGCUUGGUACUAUUAUGGAUCUAAGGGAUUUGAGGAACGUGUGGACCAUGCUUUCAAUAUAGUUGAAUACUUCAUUGAUAAGAUUACUAAAAUUGAUGGAUUCCAAUUAGUUAAUGAAUCUAAAUGUUUACAAGUAUGUUUCUUUUAUAAACCAAAAGAUUAUAAAGGUGACUUCACCACAAUAACACGUUAUAUUUCAAGAGAAUUACAUAAGGAUGGGAAAUAUUUAGUUGAUUUUUCUCCAAAUACUGAUGGUGAUAAUCAAGAAUUUUUCCGUGUAGUAUUCAAUUCGCCUAUCUUAACAGAUAAGAUUAUUGAUGAUUUGAUAACAUCUAUAAUUGUAACAGGUGAACAAUAUGCCAAAAGUUUAGAUUAG